AUGGUUAAAGGAUUUGGAUCAUCAGUCCGCGUCAUCCAUGUAGCGCCCUAUCAUGAAGCCUCAUAUUUCCCUGCCGAUAUAUUUGAUCGUAACUUAGAUCUCAUGCGCUCAUGGGAAUGGGUUUUUGCCUCAACUCCUACAUUUCGACUUCGCUUAAAAGACUUUCUUGUCAGUCAUGCAAAUGAAGUAUGUGAUGGGCUGAUCGUUAUCUGUGAACGAGGUGAAUUCAAGCGUCUGGAAAUCGAGUCUUCAUCAGAAGCUGGCACAGAGGCUUCGUUAGAGACCUGGCUCGCCUCGUUAUCUGAGGCACUCUGUAAAAGUCCCUGCCAAUUGGAUGCGUGGGUUCAUCCACUUGAUCAAUUCAUCAGAGCUAGUUCGGCUCCACUUUCCAACCUACAGAUGGCUAUUAUUGCCAGCUUGAAGGCAAUUUCUGCCAAAUUUUAA